AUGUACUACUACUAUAUACCUCUACUUGUAUUUUGUAUGUCUAGGCUUAAUUAAUCAAUGUUUAUCAAUUUCAGUUGCAAUGCCAAGUCGUCCUAGCUACGCCCAAUUAGAAGGUUUAGUGGAGUUUUUAGAACAAAAUCCAGGCGUAGCUAAGGGCUUAGUUCGAACAACCCAAGGCCAAAUAGAAACGAAGAGAAAGUGGGAAAAUUUAGCGACUUCUUUAAAUUCGUUAGGAGGUGCCAAUAAAAACGGCAGGGCUUGGGCGAAGUAUUGGGCUGAGAAGAAAUGCGCUCUACGGAAACAUUGUGCAGGACUCUCAGCGUCAAUGAGACGCACUGGUGGUGGAGCAUCAGACAACUUACCAGCGCUCUCCGCUUUAGAUACUAGAUUGGUGGCAGUAAUGGGUGGGCGAGAAUUUGCAACAGGCGAUACAAGUUUGGCGGUCAACCCAUUUCCUCAAUCGACUAGUCACAGUAGUCAUACAGAGCUACCUAUAAUGAUAGAAAUUGUAGAAACGGGAGAACAAGUAAUGCAAGCUAAUAAUAAUUCUCCUAUUCUUGGCAUGUCACACAUUGAUGCAAUACCAGCUUCAUCCACAAUACCUGCAUCGCCUACCCCACUUGAGAAUUCUAUACCUACUAUACCAUCAGCACCACGAACUCGCCGGCGGCGCCGAUCGUCGAUUUCGAGGCCGCUGGAUUCACAAAUGGAGCAGUUCUCAAGUAUCGAAGCACGCAGGGUUGAAGCAGAGCUAAUUACAGCACAAGCAUUGGCUAAAUUGUCAGAAAAUAUUGGCAAUAUAGCUAAUGCUUUGACAUCUAUUGCUAAUGCAAUUUCAGAUGUAGCUAGUAAAAUGCCAAAUCCUUAG